UCAUUAACAGGUGCUCGGCACUCAGAACCUCAGGUGAACUUCUCAUUAACAGGUGCUCGGCACUCAGAACCUCAGGUGAACUUCUCAUUAACAGGUGCUCGGCAGUCAGACCGUCAGGUGAGCUUCUCAUUAACAGGUGCUCGGCAGUCAGACCGUCAGGUGAGCUUCCCAUUACCAGGCGCUCAGCAGUCAGACCCCCAGGUGGUUGUUGUAAACUUCAACGAGACCCGCUUGACCAACGGCAGCACCUUCCACGUGACAGCCGCGCCCGACACCAACACGAACAAGCUGAUUGUCUUGUGCGGUGUCGGGCGGGCCCGUACGGACCUCCGCAACGUCACCCUGACGUGCCGGUUCGCAGGUGGCCGCCCGCAGGAGUCGACACUGCCGGCGCCGUCGGGGCUAUUCGACCUCGAUGUGUUCGGAACGACAACAGCAGCUUGUCAGUGCAAUGUCAAGGACGUCCUCGAGAAGAUUGUUGGGACUACAACAUUUUACCUCAACUUUACAGGUAUAAGUGGAUACAGUGGCGUAGCUUGGGGUUAGUGCCAGUCGGGUCGGGACAAUAAUUUUCCCGCCACCAAAACAAAACAACAAACCAAAUAAUGCAGUUGCCUGAAAAUAACGUCCUUUCAUAGAAAGAAAAAAAGUUCCACAUAGGGCGGGCUGCCUCCCACGCAACCCCUUCCUACGCCUCUUAGUGGAUAUCAACAAUAAACGCUCCUACGCAUUGCGAAAAUUAUACAUUUUUACAUAUUACAUUGCAACAUGACAUGCUGCAACCUUGCCACAUUAAUCCUUUUUAGGCAUUGUCUGUUAUUUUAUUUUAAAGGAAGACUAGAUUAUAUGACCCGAUGUUACUGCAAUGAUAAUGUCAGGCAUUUUGUGAUAAUUUAUACCGGAUAUUGCAAAACUCACCAGAAUGCGUUAAAAAAAAAGAAGUUUGUAUGUAAGGAUGUUUACGUUUGUAAUAUCUUUAAAAUUUAGUUUUUAGGAAAAAUUACCUGCUAUAUAAUAUCCGCCUACCCUAACCCCUUUUGCGCCCCAUAAACUAAAAAAAAAAUCUCUAAAAAAUGGUAAUAUAUGACCUUAUUUUUACUUCAAAAAAAAUGUACACCAUUUGAACAAUAUAUUUUUUGUUAACGGAAUUUGAUAUGUUGAUAUCUUCAUUAAAGAUUUAACCAAACGUUUCCCUUGUUUUCCUACUAUAUUAUCGAAAAGACACAUCUUAUCUAAAGAAGAACCCCUUAAUCGUUUCUCAUGACUGUAACAGCUCUGAGGGUUUUCUUUUAACUUAACCCAUCUUCUUAACGCCCAUGAAUUCUAAAGGAAAAAAAAAUGGCUCUAUUUUUAAGAUUACAUUUUCAGGUGUGCAAACUGAUAAGGUUUUGAUAUUUUUGUUUGAGGCAUGAGUAGACUUAUGUAAAUGCACCCACGUUAUGAUGACGUAAUGUGUAUACUUAUGUAAAUGUACCCACGUUUUGUUAACGCCAUAGAUCUAUAUUUUCUUAAUUGGUAAACACAUAUUUAUUUGUUAAAAGAGAAUGUAGUGCCUCUCCUUCACGACGGUAAAAUCACUGUAUUUAAAGAUAUUGUCAUCCAAGUAAAAUUGUGCACACCCUAUUCCCUACCCCCCGAUAUAUGUUAAUUGUUGAUCCAAUUCAUUCUUUCAAUCUGAGGCGUAUCUUGUGCUGCCUGGGGCAAAAUGAAAUCAUCGAAUUACCCACAACUUUUAAUAAAAAUUUAUAAAAUCAACAACGGGAUUGUCACCCUUUACAUACGUGGCCCCACAUUUUUUGCUCGUUCCUGAACUAUUAUUAAAAUUGUCAUGUUCCAGAUCCGUUCUACCACACAUUGUUUUAGAUUUUCUAAAAAAAAAAUAAUAUAAAUCUACGCAUAAUUCAGUAUAUUGAAAGAGUAUGUUACGUAAAUCCGGCACUAAUUACAAUGUUAACAAUGUUCCUAUGGGCUCUGACAUUCUCCCAUCCAAACAGUGCUGUUAUGCGCUCUGACUUUCUCCCACCCAAACAAUUCUGUUAUGGGCUCUAACCUUUCCCCAUCCAAACAGUGCAUGAGUACGUGCCUAGAAAACAGCCCCUUGUCAAAUACGGCGACCUGACCGUGGCUGACGGCGAUCAGCUGAGAGUAAGCUUGGACCUUCUCAGCGAGAAGAGAAUCAAUUUGAUGUGUCAGGUGUUCGAUGGCUACCCUAGAGUGGUCAACAUAACUUUAACCUGCAGGGGCUCCAGCCCCUUUACCAUAGAAGACACCUACAUCGCCGAGUUCGUUCUCACCGUGACCCAGAAGACAGACGUCCCUUGCUUCUGUACCGCCGGGCACGAGACGGGCCUCUACAGGAUGACAUCCAGCUUCGCCGUCAACGUUUCAUGUAAGAACUGUUUAAAAAUAGAAAUACCAUUCACAAAUAAUUGAAUGCUUGUCAUAUGCUUUUAAAGUCUUAAAUAUAAUAUGCAUUACAUUAAAAAAAAAACCAUGAUUUUUUUAAUGUUAUGGAUAUUAUAUAAAUAUCCAUUACAUUAAAAAAAAACUCAUGGUAAAGAAUUUAGUCAUUGGAGAGGGCGUUUGUGAGGACAAUGGAGCGAAUCUUAAGCGUCUCUUCCCUUUACAAUUGAAAUAUAUAUUGAUAUUUUAGUAUGUAUACAUAUAUAUAACUGUAUUAUCUUUCUAUUUUGCUACAAAAUAAAAAAAAAAAAAACUUAUAACUAUAAUCAAAUACUAUCAUUUUUAGGGUGAAAAGAAAAUGUAACAUGAAAUCAAAUUUUUUUAUAUUUAUUUGGAUCAAUUUAUGACUCCCAGCUGAUCUUAAAGUAUCAUUUUUAUCUUAUCUGAUCUUAAACCCCCAGAUGUGCCAACUGCUGAGCCGGUUAUAUACAUGGGCGACACUAAGACCGUCAACGGGGGCAACUACACCCAUUUCGUCAACAACUCAGUGAUCGAGUUCGACUGUUUCGUCCUUGGCGGAAAACCGGAAGUUAGCAAUAUCACCUUCACCUUCCAUUUCUCUGAGGGUCCUCAAGUUGUUACGUCUCCGGGUUCCGAGGCUGGUUUCCGGGCUUCUGUGCGUGGGGUAGGCCUUGUCAGGUUUGAGUGCACCGCAGGUCACGUGACAGGGCUGUAUAACAAACACACGGUGAUCUCCGUGACAUACAACGGUGAGUUGGUGUUGAAAUAUUUACACUGGAAAUGCAUUUUAAUCACGUGACAAGGGUAGAUAACUUUUAGUUCAGAUUUUCAGAGAGGUACUGCGUCAAAACUGACUAUCUGUUAUGUAUAAUUUGCCGCUCGUGUCCUGCUUCUAUUUCACAAUCGGCCCUUGCCUUACUCAACAUGUUUUAUAGUAAUAGCACUGAGUGGGGAACAUAAAGCAGCAGGCGUCAUGCGUGACGAAUGAACUCAGUUAAAUUGGAAUUAUUUUGGAGGUGACCAUUAUAUUCAUCAAUAAAGAGCCAAUGGUAAGGUGUAGGAUUGUCUGUAGGAGUAUUUUUUAAAGGCUGACAGGUUAGGGUGUAGGACUGUUUGUAGGCCUAUUGUUUAAAAGCUGUCUGGUAGGGUGUAAGACUGACUGUAGGCCUAUUGUUUAAAAGCUGUCUGGUAGGGGGUAGGACUUUCUCUAGGCCUAUUGUUUAAAGGCAAGCAGAUGGGGGUAAGACUGUCUGUAGGUCUAUUCUUUAAAGGCAAGCAGAUGGGGGUAGGACUGUCUCUAGGACUAUUCUUAAAAGGCCGGCAAAUAUUAUAGAAAAUGAAAAGUUAACUCUUUUAUUUUUUGUUGUUAUAACACUUAGACCUACUGGGUAUUGUCUCAAAAUACCCGGACCUGGUGUAAACAAAAUUGCACCCCAUUAAGUCCUAGUAACUGUUAUUCAAUCAGAACACUACACAAUUUUCCAAGCCAAAUCAACAUCUUAAAUAAUACAUCUCUUAAACUUGAGCGCCCCUAACGAAAGAAUCUUGCUAAUUAUGAUUAAAUUGUUCAUCGCACAUUCUUUCAGUACCGCAACACGUCCCACAGUUAAAUCCGGAAGUGAAGUAUCGAGGACAAUGGGUGGACGACGGCGGCAACAUCACAGCCGUGUGGACACCGAGCUCUCCAAUUUUAAUCCGAUGCCUCGUGUUCGACGGCUACCCGUCGGUCAGUAGGAUCAUCCUCACCUGCGGCUCCUUCCGGCAGUUCUUCAACACAGACACAGCAGUCUUUGCGCUGAACGACGCCAAAUCGUUGGACGGACAGAGAUGCGUGGUGUCAGCGGAGCACGUGACUGGGCUAUACCACAAGACUGCUUCAUUCACACUUCAUGUUCACUGUGAGUCGACCUUGAUUCAUGUUGCUGGAUUCUUUAAACGUAUAGAGAGUAAAUGCAUAUUUGAAGAAAUUUUUUUUUUCAAAUCACCUUGAUAGGCACCCCGGCACGCAAAACAAAAGAAUUGAAUGUCAUGUUUCACACUUUAAAUGUCAUGUUGCAAACUGGACAUGUCACGUUGAACACUCAUAUUGAAAACGAAGUGGACAUUUCGGUAAGAUCCGAUUGUACACGUAUCGGUUUGAAGACUAUCUGGUCUAAAUAAAAACCUGUAUCUCAAAAUGCAUACGCUCCUUCCAUCAUUAUUAUUAUUUUUUUAAAUCUCUAAUAUAAUAUUACGCUUCUGGUGUGACUCGUGGACUGCUUCCUAAUGGAUUGCUUCCUAAUAGACUGUUUCCUAUUGGACUGCUUCCUAAUAGACUGUUUCCAAAUGGACUGCUUCCUAAUGAUCUACUUCCUAAAAGACAGUUUGCUAAUGGACUUCUUCCUAAUUGACUGCUUCCAAAUAGACUUUUCCUAAUGGACUGCUUCUUAAUGGUAUACUUCCUAAUGGACUGUUUCCUAAUGGACUGCUUCCUAAUGGUCUACUUCCUAAUAGACUUUUUACUAAUGGACUGCUUCUUAAUAGACUUUUACUAAUGGACUGUUUCCUAAUAGACUGCUUCCUUAUGGACUGCUUCCUAAUGGUCUACUUCCUAAUGGACUGUUUCCUAAUGGACUGCUUCCUAAUGGAAUGCUUCCUAAUAGUCUACUUCCUAAUGGACUGUUUCCUUAUGGACUGCUUCCUAAUAGACUAUUUCCUAAUAGACUGUUUCCUAAUGGUCUACUUCCUAAUGGACUGUUUUACUAAUGGGCAAUUUCCUAAUGGUCUGCUUCCUAAUAGACUGUUUCCUAAUGGACUGCUUCCUAAUAGUCUACUUCCUAAUGGACUGUUUCCUAAUGGACUGCUUCCUAAUGGACUGCUUCCUAAUUGAAUGUUUCCUAAUGGACUGUUUCCUUACGGACUGCUUCCUAAUAGAGUAUUUCCUAAUGGACUGCUUCCUAAUGGACUGGUUCCUAAUGGACAGUUUCCUAAUGGACUGCUUCCUUAUGAUCUACUUCCUCAUGGACUGUUUCCUAAUGGUAUACUUCCUAAUGGACUGUUUUACUAAUGGACAAUUUCCUAAUGGUCUGCUUCCUAAUAGACUGUUUCCUAAUGGACUGAUUCCUAAUAGUCUACUUCCUAAUGGACUGUUUCAGAAUGGACUGCUUUCUAAUAGACUAUUUCCAAAUGGACUGCUACCUAAUGGACUGCUUCCUAAUUGUCUGUUUCCUAAUGGACUGCUUCCUUAUGGUCUUCUUCCUCAUGGACUGUUUCCUAAUGAACUAUUUUCUAAUGGUCUACUUCCCAAUGGACUCUUUUACUAAUGGACAGUUUACUAAUGGUCUGCUUCCUAAUGGACUGGUUCCUAAUGGUCUACUUCCUAAUAGACUGUUUCCUUAUGGAAUACUUCCUAAUAGACGGUUUCCUAAUGUACUGCUUCCUAAUGGACUGUUUUACUAAUGGACUGCUUCCUAAUGGACUGCUUCCUAAUGGAAUGUUUCAUAAUGGACUGCUUCCUAAUGGACUGUUUCCUUAUGGUCUGCCUCCUAAUAGACUGUUUCCUAAUGGACUGCUUCCUAAUGGGCUGCUUCCUAAUUUUCUACUUUCUAAUAGACUGUUUCCUUAUGGACUGCUUCCUAAUAGACAUUUUCCUAAUGCACUGUUUCCUAAUGGACUGCUUCCUAAUGGACUGUUUCCUAAUGGACUGAUUCCUAAAAGUCUGUUUUCUAUGGACUGCUUCCUAAUGGACUGUUUCCUAAUGGACUGUUUCCAAAUGUUCUGCUUCCUAAUGGACUGUUUCCUAAUGUACUGCUUCCUAAUGGACUGUUUUACUAAUGGACAGUUUCCUAAUGGUCUGCUUCCUAAUGGACUGUUUUCUAAUAGUCUGCAUCCUAAUGGACUGCUUCCUAAUGGACUGCUUCCUAAUGGACUGUUUCCUAAUGGGCUGCUUCCUAAUGGACUGUUUCCAAAUGGACAGCUUCCUAAUGAAUUGCUUCUUAAUGGACUGUUUACUAAAGGACUGCUUCCUAAUGGUAUGCUUCCUAAUAGACUGUUUCCUAAUGAACUGCCUCCUAAUGGUCUGAUUCCUAAUGGACUGCUUCCUAAUCAGCGAAUUUGGUAUUGAGAGUACAUUACAAAUAAUUCUAAAUGUUUGGAAGAAAAUAUGGUUUAUUAAUGAGUUCAAUAGUGCGCAAAAUAUAAUUUUCGAUUACUACGCUAAAUGAUAUAAUUUUUUUAUAAAAAUAAAGCAACUGCAUUUGGCGCGUAAUCUUUUCUCUUUGGGAAAAUAAAAUCGUCUAAGUUUAAAUAUGGUAUCAACAAAAUUCGGUUUAAAAGUGUUUCGGACAUCAGAAUAUUUAAUAUAUUUCGUGAAAUAAAAAGUGUGCAGUGACGUAUUAUGGGGGUAGAGUUGUAGCGAAAAUUGGGAUUCUUAAAUGUGCGUUACUUGAGUUCAUGUUUUGUCAAGCCAGUUUGGUAGAUGGGAAGUUCACGCAUGUCCGCCGCCAAUGUUUGGCGGGCAAUAACAAGUCAAGUCAAUAAAAAAAUUAUUUACAAUAAAGAAACACCACGAUUGCAGCUUCUGUGUGUGUGUGUGUGUGUGUGUGAUAACUUAUCACUUGACUAUCCUCCCACCCCCCACCUUUUUCUUUACAGACCAGACUAGCAUUGUCAAGAUGGUUGCAAAUGGUAGAGAAGAUCUGAUCCUGGUGCAGUCAGGUGACUCGGUAACGAUUGAGUGUGAGGCUGACGGCAACCCCACGCCCCAAAUGAUCCUCUAUGGACUGACUAACGGUAAUUGAAAAUACUAGAACACUGAGAACACGUUCAUCAAUUUAAAUAUUAGAACAUUGAGAACACAUUGAUCAAUUAUUAAAUGCAUUUUCAAUAGCAUGACUUUAAUUUGACUUGAGUGGACUGCAUUUGUUUUAUUUUGGAUGCACGUAUCUUUUAUCGAUUCGCCGAACGGCAUGCUUUAUGCUUUGGUUAUGCUUUGUUUUUAUCGAACACUCUAUGCCAAUAAAGCUUUAUAAAUUUAUUCUAACUACUUGUACUACCAAGAAAUUGAAACAAAAAAAAAAAAAAAAAUAUAUUUUUUUAAAAAUUGUUUUUAUCGAACACUCUAAGCCAAUAAAGCUUUAUAAAUUUAUUCUAAAUACUUGUACUACCAAGAAAUUGAAACAAAAAAAAAAAAAAAGGAUAUAUUUUUAUAAAUAUGAUUUGGUGAGCAUUGCAGUGGUUGGAAAAUGUCAGUGGUUCUUGGAAUGAAAUUGCGGUGGAAUGCAUAAAAUUAAUGACACACUGCAACAGUCAGCAAGACUUUAGCUACAUCUGAUUUCCAUCUUCUAGUUUCAUAUAUAAAUUGUCAUCCAAAAACUUGUUAUAACUCAUUCACUUAUCCAUGGAUUCUUACUUCCCAUAUCUGGAUGCUGAUUGCAUUGUUGUGUACCAAACAAAUUUCGCAAUGCAUCAGUUUUUCGUGACUAGAGCCUCAAUAGUAUAUAAAAAGCGGUUUCGUUACAAGUGGGACGUAAUGAUUUUGAAUAUCUGCCGAAUUUUAUUUAUAAAAACUCACAUGUUCGAAUUGGUUUAACUUGGUUAAACCGUCAUCGGAGCCAUCAUGAUUUAACAUAAUUAAUUGAUUGCCCAUGUAUAUAUAUAUAAUUUCUAUGAACAAUCCCACGUGACACAGGCAGCAAAGCAUUCAGUGGUCCUGUGUCAGUGAACGGUACAAGACUCAGCCGGACAUUCACGGCAGCAGCAGCC